AUGCAAAAAGGACAAGCCCUGGUGUUCAUCUGUUGUGCCUUCGUUUUGGUUUUCCAAUUUAGUCGCACAAUUGUUUGUAAUUUGAAAUCUACAUACCCUGUCUGGCGGCUGUUGACUGCCAUGCCACGUUUUAAGAUCGGCGACCUGUCCAAAGAGAGAAAGCGACUGAAGGAAAAAGUUGUCAUGGAAAACCGCAGUUUAGAUGCACUUCAUGAUGAACUUUCUAAGUUGACAACUGAGAAGGAAAAGAAGAGAAAAGAGCUAUGUAAUAUGAAAGCGAAACACAGAAGGCUGGACCUCAAGGUUGGUUGUUUUAAUGUCAACGCAUGUAAUUUUAACCCGAUGAUUUGCUUAAUUGCUUUGGGAAUUUCUGCAUGUUCGUUUAUAAAAACCUCCAGAAAAUAGCUUCUAUUCAACCAGGCCAGAUUUCAUAAAAUAUCUCGAUGUUUAUAACAAGCUGUUGGGAAGAUCGCUUUGUGGUAUUUUGUUAACCUGGGGCUAAGGUCACCAGCUUUUGAACAGCAGGCCCCAGAUGUUACCUUUGAGUCACAUUGCUCCCAAUGCGCCCUAGUUUAUAAUUUUACUCUGUCUAACGCCAGAUGAUUUUACUCGUCAAGGGGAGAGUGCUGGCAUUUAAACAAUAAAGUUGAUAUUAAUUUUUUUCUGUGUUGGUGUUGUGUACUCAGGUGAAUAAUAUGUUUGCGAUGUUACUCUGAGUGCAUAUCCACACCGGGCGAUCUUGGGCUAGUAUUCCAAAGGUCGUAAGGUUCGAAUCCCACCGUGGGCGGGCAUAUUUUUCAAGCUCGCCCGGUGUGGAUAUGCACUCAGAGUAACAUCGCAAACAUGUUAUUCACCUGAGUACACAACACCAACACAGAAAAAAAAUCAUAUUACUAGAACACAUUGGUAUUGAAGGAACUAGAUACUGUUCAGAAAUAUCGCUUACUCGAACCGUCCUGACCGCGUAGCUCAGUUGGAAGAGCAUUGGGCUAGUAUUCCAAAGGUCGUAGGUUCGAAUCCCACUGUGGCCGGGCAUAUUUUUCAAGCUCGCCCGGUGUGGAUAUGCACUCAGAGUAACAUCACAAACAUAUUAUUCACCUGAGUACGCAACACCAGCACAGAGAAGAUUCAUAUUACAAGAACACAUUGGUAUUGAAGGAACUAGAUACUGUUCCGAAAUAUCACUUACUCGAACCGUCCUGACCGCGUAGCUCAGUUGAAAGAGCAUUGGGCUAGUAUUCCAAAGGUCGUAGGUUCGAAUCCCACCGUCGCCAGGCAUAUAUUUCAAGCUCGCCCGGUGUGGAUAUGCACUCAGAGUAACAUCGCAAACAUAAUAAAGUUGAUAUUUUGAAUAAUUAUGUUAAUUGUUACUUAUGCUUUCUUCCUGCCUUGCUUUUUGUAUAUAAGAUCGACAAGAUAGUUAAAGAAGUUGAGGACUUACAAGACAUAGAAAAAGAGCUAGUUCAGCCUCAGACAUCAG